AUGUCUUCCAGGCUCGGUGCAGUACCCGCCACUCCGGAACCCACAUCCUUUAAGCACCAGAGGAGCACGAAGAUCGUGGGAGCUAAGAACAGGACCCAGUGCUCCAUAAAGGAUAAUAGUUUCCAGUACACUAUUCCUCACGAUGACUCCUUAAGCGGCUCGUCGUCUGCUUCUUCAUGUGAGCCAGUGAGUGAUUUUCCAGCAUCCUUCCGAAAGUCUACCUACUGGAUGAAGAUGAGAAGGGUCAAGGCAGCUGCUGCUUCGCGUGUUGAAGGGUCAGGUGGAGUAUCAACCAAAGGAAAAAGGAAACCCAGGCAGGAAGAAGAUGAAGACUAUCGAGAAUUUCCUCAGAAGAAGCAUAAGCUUUAUGGGAGGAAGCAACGGCCUAAAACUCAACCUAAUCCUAAAUCCCAGGCUCGUCGUAUUCGGAAGGAACCACCAGCUUACGCAGCAGGCAGUUUGGAGGAACAAUGGUACCUAGAAAUUGUGGAUAAAGGCAGUGUCUCCUGUCCUACCUGCCAGGCGGUGGGGAGGAAGACCAUAGAGGGCUUAAAGAAACACAUGGAGACUUGCAAACAGGAAAUGUUUACUUGUCAUCAUUGUGGGAAACAACUUCGUUCACUGGCAGGGAUGAAGUAUCACGUGAUGGCAAAUCAUAAUAGCUUGCCCAUUUUGAAGGCUGGAGAUGAAAUAGACGAACCAAGUGAGAGAGAACGGCUCCGAACAGUUUUAAAGAGACUGGGAAAGCUCAGGUGCAUGCGCGAGAGUUGCUCUAGUAGCUUCACCAGCAUCAUGGGAUAUCUGUACCAUGUCAGAAAAUGUGGCAAAGGGGCUGCAGAGCUGGAGGAGAUGACCCUGAAAUGUCACCACUGUGGAAAGCCAUAUAAAUCGAAGGCUGGACUUGCGUAUCACCUGAGGUCAGAGCAUGGUCCUAUCUCAUUCUUUCCAGAGUCAGGACAGCCAGAGUGCUUAAAGGAGAUGAGCCUGGAGCCAAAGAGUGGGGGUCGAGUUCAGAGGCGUUCUGCCAAGAUAGCUGUGUACCACCUGCAGGAGCUGGCUUCUGCUGAACUGGCCAAGGAAUGGCCUAAGAGGAAGGUGCUUCAGGAUUUGGUGCCUGAUGAUCGGAAGUUAAAAUAUACUCGCCCUGGGCUUCCUACCUUCAGCCAGGAAGUACUACACAAAUGGAAGUCAGAUAUCAAGAAAUAUCAUCGCAUUCAGUGCCCUAACCAGGGUUGUGAGGCUGUCUACAGUAGUGUAUCAGGCCUUAAGGCUCACCUGGGCUCUUGUACCUUGGGAAACUUUGUGGCUGGAAAAUACAAGUGUCUUCUGUGUCAAAAAGAAUUUGUGUCAGAGAGUGGUGUCAAGUAUCACAUCAACUCUGUCCAUGCCGAGGACUGGUUCGUUGUAAACCCAACCACAACCAAAAGCUUUGAAAAGCUAAUGAAGAUAAAGCAGCGGCAGCAAGAAGAAGAAAAGCGGAGGCAGCAGCACAGGAGCAGAAGGUCUCUGCGAAGGCUGCAGCAGCCUGGCAUCGAGCUUCCUGAGGCAGAGCUGAGUCUUAGAGUAGGGAAGGAUCAGAGGAGGAGUAACGAGGAAUUGCUAGUGUCGACCUCCUGUAAGGAACCGGAGCAGGAGCCAGUGCCAGCACAAUUCCAGAAAGUAAAGGCCCCAAAGACUAAUCAUAAACGAGGAAGGAAAUAG